GCGAAUCGGAAGGAGGCGCAACUGCAGCGCAGCAUAGCUGUACUGCGCCACUGGAAAGCGCUCGGUCUUUCUGCGGAGCCCAAAGAAACCUCGGGACUUUCGCGAAUCGCUUUACAAGCCGAACAGAGGGAUAAAGGGAGAAAAAACACUGGAAUUUUCUUUGUUGGACGGCAAAAUUGGAUUAUAUAUUGCAUUGCGUUCGAAGCAAUUGUUUUGUGAGAUUUUUAAUACUUCUUAAGCUACAGCACUACUGGUUUCUUUUGAAUUUUGUAAAAAAAAUAGUAUUUAUACAUACGCACUAUAAAUAUAGGGCUAUCGGUAAAUAAAACGUGUUUUAUUUUUAACGUUUUACCGCCGGACUUUUUCAGUAGCCCGUUUUUUCAACAAUUAAAGAGAAAUAACCAUGUUGUUCUACCUCCAGUUAAACGCCCAUCAAAGAUACAAGGACGUGAGCAAAAGGCGUGCUCAGGUCUUCAUGUAGCUGGUGUGAAACACUAAAGAAACGUACACCUGUAUUUCCGUGAAGAUGCUCGUAUGUUGGCCAUGCGUUGUGGAGGCUUGCAGCUCAGGCUAUGUCACUGAGGAAUGGUACUGAAUUCCUUGCGCCUAGGAGCAAUCUUUCGGCUCCUACAGGAUCACUUUCUUCUUGGUCUGAGGGAAAACGGGAUUAGAGAGCGAUGGGAACCGCACUUUACUGCUUCCUCGUCUGCUCGCUGUGCAUGCCUUGUGCCACCAAGGAGAAUUCCCCGAUUCCUCGGGACCUUAUAGAGAAACUGUCCCGUAGCGAAAUCCGCAGCAUCAGCGACCUCCAGCGGCUCCUUGAAAUCCAUUCCGUAGGAAAUGAUGUCAUAGAGGAGGCCAAGCAGAGGUACCACAAGGACGACUGGCACCACUACGCAGAUGUGAAGAGGUCACAAGGUCGUGUCAGGCAAAAAAGAAGCAUCGAGGAGGCCGUGCCGGCUUCCUGUAAGACGCGGACGGUGGUCUACGAGAUCCCGCGCAGCCAGGUGGACCCCACCUCCGCCAACUUCCUGCUGUGGCCACCGUGCGUGGAGGUGAAGCGCUGCACCGGCUGCUGCAACACGGGGAACAUGCGCUGCCACCCGUCGCGCAGGCACCACCGCACUGUCAAGGUGGCCAAGGUCGAGUACGUCCGCAGGAGGUCAAAGCUGAGGGAGGUGUUGGUGCGCCUCGAGGACCACCUGGAGUGCGUGUGCACAUCGCAGCACUCAGAAGUGCAGACAGAUAUGACGUGAGUCGUACAAGGUCUGGGAUUCCAGCAAGGUGUGGGACACGACCUUGACCUCCACUGAUCCCAGACACGCCCUCCCACGUUUGCCUUUUGAAAAUGCAACCAAAUAGCAAAUACUGAAGAAGCAAAGUAGCAAGACAGCAAACACGAGGACAAAGGUGUCGCCGAAAUGGCGAAAGUCGUUCUGCACUGCCUGUGUCCGGACUCUUCUGUUGGGCCAAAUGCUGAUGAUGGGAAUGACAACAGCACAGAGCUUUGAAUGGGACUCUUGCGGCUCUUGUUGCUGUGGCAGAGAUUUGGUGGAGGAGAUGCCUGAUAUGCACAGGGCCUUGGUCUGCACAAUAUGCGACACAUGGGGAGCUAGACCAUUAGGGACAACAGGAGCACGCCCCAGUAAACCAGCGUCUGAUGGCCUUACACCAGACCUUGCUUAUACCCUGAGAAAUGGCUGUGUGGAUCUCAUUCCACGUGUGUAAGUAAAUAUGAUUUUACCGGGAAGCACAUUUUAGAUUUGGCCUGAGCUGGUGACUGGAUCCGGCAUUACUGAGGAUCAUGGAAGUUGAUGGUGGAGUUGCAGUGACAACCACUGACAUCCAUCCGAUCGUGUAAAUCGGGACAGGAAGUGGAUUUGAUCCCUUAAGAUGACAGGCAGGCCUUUUUUAUCAAGACAUUGGAAUCUUGGAAAGAUGGAACCUUAGAACCUUGCACAGAGACUGCAGAAUUCUGCAUGUUCUUCAGAGGUUCCUCCCCAACGGUAGUCUUUCUAGCUGGCUGGUUGUCUUUUCUGUUCAAGAUAUGUACGUAUCUACACCUUAUUUUUAUAACCAUUUGUUACUUGUUUGAUUCUCUUGCUGUACAAACAAAACACCUUCUACUUGGUAUUACUACUAAUAAACUAUUUAUAUCUCUCA